AAAAGAUGUGAAAAUGUCAAAGUUUUUGGGCCAUAUUUGUAAUGUUAGUCGACAUGUUCUGGACCCAAGCUUUGAAAUGAAAUUGCCCCCACGCUUCCUUUUUCUCACUAUUCCGUCAAUUUUGCAAGUAUGAGUAACCGAUCUAGUAUAACGAGCACAAAAUCAGCGAAGUUUCCUGUUACUGAUAGUUGGAGUCCUUUUGCUUCCAAUGUUUACGGGAACAACAGACUAUCAGUCAAAGUGAAACCGACCCAAAAACAUCAUAAGAAGUUUUCGAUUGACUCGCCUUCGCGUUUUAAUAUCAUCACAUCAAACCACGUGCAUUAUGAUCUACCCAAGAAGCAGAAGAUUUCAUACAUCAACCUCAAAAUCAGGAAACUAUACAGGGACUCAGAAUUACAAACUGCCAAUGUUUACAGUUACGUCAUCAAAGUCGAGUGUAACAGUCCAGAUAAUGCCUGGGUUAUGCGCAGAAAUGUAGCUGAUUUCAAGUCACUGGAUCACAUCUUGCAUGGAGGUUGUGUUGGAAUUGACCCAUGCAGGGAACGAGGACUUCCACCUCUGCACCCUCCGGAGACCAUAGACAAAGGACACAAUAGCUACAGCCAAGUUUAUCUGCAGUAUAACAACUACCUUGACACUCUGAGUCGAUUUCUAGACUCAAGAUCGAAUGAAAACGGAAAUUUACUGCUGCUUGAUUGCUUCGUGUGUUCCUUGCUGCUGAGCUGGUUUGAAAUAUCUCUAGACGGCUGUCACAAAGUUCACAUGCCUGUGGCACUCGCACAACCUUUCCACUUGGGAGCACCGAGCAACGCUGUAGUUAAAGUCAGGUAUCCGAAACAGGCGCUGGGCGACCUGACUAUUGAAGUGAGUGACAUCGUGACAGUCGUCGAGAGUUUGGUGGAAUCGGACUCUGCCUGGGCCAGGGGCAAGAGCGACAAAACUUUCCUGAGUGGCUUAUUUCCCGCGUAUUGUGUAGAGGACUUCAACUUUGACAACACUGUCAAACCCGACCUCUCUCUGUGUCCGGGACUGCAGACUCUAAUCAAACAGGAACGGGAAAAUAAACCCAACAAAAAUCAAGGUGCUUCAAACUCAACCCCGGGAACGUAUCAACAUGUACUAGAUUCCAAAAUGGGCCUCAAAUCCAGCCUCACCUCUUCCGGAUCGACCAAAAAAGGCCAAGACGGAUCAAAUUUACCCACGGAGGAACCUCUCACAGUUCCUCCUGUUUUCGGAAGCACCUUAUCAAAUGCUAUGAAAUGGAACCAUGCGUUGAAGGAAUCGAGAAAACAGUUCACGUUGGAUGGUUUAAACUCGAUUUACGUGGACGAGUUUUGCGAAGUGUCAUUAUCAAACGUGCCAUACUUUGUGCAGACUAUGGUCCAUUAUGUCCAUAACAAUGGAGAAGUGGACGGUAUUUAUAGGCUGAGCGGGAGUAGCAGUGAGAUUGCGACCAUAGUUCAGAUGAUCGACUCUGGUUUUCAUCAUAUCGACUUCUCUAAUUUUGACAUACACUCUACGAGUUCGACGCUCAAACAGUUCUUCCGAGACUUAUCAACUCCUUUAAUUCCAAUCGACAACUACAACUCAUUCAUGGCUCCAUUCGACAAGUACCCCAGCCUCAUACAAAACAAAUCAAACAGUCGCUCUGACGUCAUAAAGAGUACUGACAAAGAAUCAAAAGUCACCGAGGCUGAAUUGACGCAAACGCUAGACGAAUUACAAGAGAACUUGUACCGGUUACCAUUCUACCACUACCACACACUGAAGUUACUAAUGCUUCAUCUGAAAGUGUUUGUUUCGAAAAGUAGCGUAACGAGUAUGGGUUUGUACAACUUGGCAAUUAUGUGGGCGCCAAAUUUGCUAUUUGACCCCUUUGAAAAAGAGUGCACAGAUUAUAUCGAGAUUGCAAAACGAGCCCAAGCAACCGCAGCCAAAAAAGGAAAGUUAAUUGAACUUCUAAUUAGUCAUUCGAGUACGUUGUUCAACGACCAUUUGCCAAAAUCGAUUUUGCAGAAAAUCAACUCAUUGGGCUGCGAAGACAAAUUAAGAGGAGGCCAAACUAGUUAUGAAUCAGAUCAGUUCGAAGUUAUAACCAAAGGUGCUAAUCAUUUAAACCAAACUCUAACCUUGCCAAGAGUGCCCGGAAAAGAUAGAAUGAAGAAAGCUAUCAGAAAUUUGUUCAGUCCAAAAACCUUGAUUUCUGAUAGACAGAAUCGUGAUAGAAGCGCUUCGCUUGUUGGUGGUCGUAGUUUUCAAAUUAACACUAUCAGUGAGCCUACAAACUUCACUCCGAGACCACAUAUGCCCAGAGAUGAACUUUCGAUCGAAUCGGGGCUAUAUGCGUCUAUAAAUGCAAACAACAACGAAGUGAAAAAUUUGCACCCGAAUGAUAAAUAUGACUCAUCUGAUUUUCUCCAGAAAACGAGUGGUGGGAAUCAUUAUAUGUUCCCGAGUUCUGAUUCGCACGACAAAACGGACGAUGAAUCGGCCAGUGACGUGAGUGAAUGUCACUCAGACGAUUCGACAAUUGGACAAUUCGUAGAUGACAAGUUAAAGAGGAGGAAGAAUGCAACGACAGCAACCACAAGUCUGACAACGCCAAGUCAAUCUGUCCCGUCGAAGUUCCAAAAUGCAGAAUUACAUAUUUACUCACAGAUUCAGAAAGAAGGCGGUUUGAACUCGAAAUCGAACUCGAACUUUGCGUCAACCACAUUCACAGUUGGCUCCUCCUCUGCCAACCCCACCUGGGAAACGAGAAGUGAGAAAGGAGGAAGGGGGGACACCUCAUCUUUGUCCUUCAUUCAGCAGUUCAACAGUGGGGGGUUCAUUAGAGGCAGUGAGAUAUGUGACGAUAUCCCCUUCAUAGAUGCAGUCAGUCCAGUUAGCCCCGCUACCUCGGGAGCAGGAAAGGAUAGCGCGUGGUCUUCCAAAGACUCAGUUUUGAGCUCAUCAGCCUAUCAGAAAUCACCUUUGCUCAUUCUAUCAUCCAAUCAAAAUCAGUAUGUGGCGCAGGACUUAGACAACUUCAGAUCGGAUCUAGUGUACGAACCAAAGAAUCGGAAUUUAAAAUUACCCACGGCCGGUGUGAUGAAUUUACACGGAAGCUGCAUGUCGUCAAAUGCGAAAGCACCCUAUAAAAGGUACUUCAGCGCCGGAACCCCGUCAAGUCCAAACAGUGGAAAUCACGUGUUCAGUAAAUCGAGACCAGAAACACCCGCGCAUUCAGCUGGCGCAGGUUCGAAUCUGAGCAGGACCCCCGAUCAACCGGGUGGAUCGCCGGCGAUGUUGAGAAGUCCGGCGGUUGGAAUGCGACCGAUAAAAGACUCGUCGAUGAAUAAUUUGACUGAUAAGUAUAGCACUAACUGCUCGUUCGACUCUGGUGUGGAGAAUAAUGCGUCAUCUAAUGACGAGUUAUAAGCGACAAUCAGUAGAGUAUAAUUGUUCGACCUAAAAAACCGCAGUAUUAAUUGAUGAAGCUUUUUAGUCGCGACUCAACCAUUUUUUUGAUUGUCGGAACUGAUGUUUCGUUCAAAUUUGCAGAUUGUUUUUCGUUUGAAA